AUGUUGAUUAAGAAGAACGUUGAGUGCGAGACCGACACGCUUUCCCACGUCUACACUUUCAUCCUGAGCCCCAACAACACCUACAAGAUCCUGAUCGACAACGUCGAGAAGUCUGGCGGUGACAUUUUUGCGGAAUGGGAUUUCCUGAAGCCUCGCCAGAUCCCUGACAAGUCCGUCAAGAAGCCCGAGGACUGGGUUGACGACGAGUACAUGGAUGAUCCCGAGGACAAGAAGCCCGAUGGCUGGGAUGACAUUGCCGCCGAGAUUGUGGAUCCUGAGGCGAAGAAGCCCGAGGACUGGAACGAUGAGGAUGAUGGUGAAUGGGAGGCCCCUCUUAUCCCCAACCCCGAGUACAAGGGCGAAUGGAAGCCCAAGAGGAUCAAGAACCCCGCGUACAAGGGCAAGUGGAAGCCUCCUAUGAUUGACAACCCUGACUUCGUGGAGAAGCCAGAGGCCUAUCGUCUACCACCUCUGCGCUAUGCUGGCUUUGAGAUCUGGCAGGUCAAGGCAGGCUCCAUCUUUGACAACAUCCUUGUCACUGAUGACGCUGAGUAUGCUCGCAAGUUCGCCGAGGACACUUGGGGCGCCAUGAAGGCGGAGGAGAAGAAGAUGCAUGACGAGGCCGAGAAGUCCAAGGAGGAGGAGGAGAAGGAGGAUGACGCUGGGGACGAUGAUGCUGAUGAUGAGGAUGAUGCCGAGGCUGAUGCUGAGGCUGCGGAGGCCGCUGAGGACAAGGAGGAUGCGGAGGAGGCCAAGGAGGUGAGUCUUCUUAUGCUGCACUCAUCUUGA